UGAUGGUAUUGAAAGUUAUAUAUCGGUUUGUUCUUCUGCAUCAGAUAAACAAGCGGUUCAUUGUGGGACAACAAUCCGUACAUUAAUUUGCUAGACGUCUGAGCAGUUAGGGAGUUCUUUCUGUAUAAUUAGCCCACACUUUGGACUUGCGUUAAUUAAUAUCAAUUAAAAUGUUCGACCUGUCGGCAACAUCUGUGUUUCUAGGAGUGGUGAUUUUUCUCCUCUGUUUCUGGGUCGUCCGGAGACCUAGGAACCUCCCACCUGGGCCAUGGUCGCUCCCAAUCAUCGGGUAUAACUUUAAACCAGGUCUUAUCCACGAAGCUUACAUGGACCUGGCUGAGAAGUACGGCCCUAUUUUCAGUUUGCGGAGAGGUUCGUUUUUCUUUGUUAUUCUUAACGACAGGGAGAGUAUCACACAGGCUCUGGUAAAGUCAGGAGAAUUCUUCUCGGAUCGGUUUGUACCGGGACACAUUAAUUGGGGAAUACCGGAUCCUGGAAAGAAAGCUACCAUUGCUUUUAGUAAUGGCAAACCAUGGGUCGACUUACGGAGGUUCUCUCUUCCUGCCCUGCGCUCCUUUGGAUUUGGGAAGCAGAGCCUGGUUCCUCAGAUUAAUCUGGAGGCACGUUACCUGUCUGAGGAAAUCAGAAAUCUUCGAGGAGAACCCACAGAUUUAGCAACUACAUUUAGUAAGGCAACCGCUAAUAUCAUUUGUCAACUUCUAUUUAGUCAGCGAUACGAAUACAGUGACGGCGAGAUGAGCAGGGUUCUUAAGAGUAUGGACGAAUUCCUCUCCCUCAUUCCUGAAACAGAUCUAGUGAACAUCUUCGAAACACUCAUACAUACUCCAAGAUACAAGCCCUACCGUGAAUCUAUUUUCUCUGACAGGUAUUUCAUUAUGUCCCAUCUCAACAGCCAUCGAGAAACGUUUCAGAAAGACAACAUCCGGGACUUUACUGACGCGUUCUUAGCAGACGACAUAUCCAAGGAAUUCGAGUUAGAGCAUUUCUGGCGAGUCUUGCUUGAUUUUUUUGUAGGUGGUACCGACACCACGGCCGUGGUUACCUCUUGGGCGAUUCUGUUUCUUUCUGUUCACCCAGAUGUUCAAAGAAAGGUACAAGCUGAGUUGGAUACUGUUGUUGGGCGUGGCCGCCAACCGAAUACUCUUGAUCGUCCAGACCUGCCCUACUGCAACGCCACUCUAACAGAGGUCAUGCGAAUACGCCCCAUCCUCCCGGUCUCAGUUCCUCGUAUGACAUCUGAUAACGUUUCAUUCCGAGGCUUUACGAUUCCAAAGGGAAGCAUCAUUAUUCCAAACCUGUAUGCUGUUCAUCAUGAUCCCAAGGAAUGGAAUGAACCGGACACAUUUAACCCGGAUCGUUUUCUCAGUGCUGAUGGAAAACAAUUCCAGAAGAACGAGGCGUGGAUGCCAUUUGGUGUUGGUCGUCGUGAUUGUGUUGGGAGUCAGCUGGCCAAAAUGGAAUACUUCCUGCUGUUCACCAAUCUCUUCCAACAGUUUGAAUUCAAGCUUCCUCUUAACCAACCAAACCCAAGCAUGCGUGGAGCGAAUGGAAUCACCAUGAAUCCACAACCCUACAAAAUUUGCGCCAUCGAGCGCUGAUUUUGUUCUCUUUCGCUGCAUUAAUCUUCCAAUGCAACUUAUUUGUCACUGAGAGAAAUGCGAUUGUUUAAAAUUUCACGUCUAAUUUGAAGGUUUAUUUUGGCAUAUUAUCUCUUAAUGAAGUAUAUUUUCACUAGUCAUCCCCGAUCAUAAAUGUUUAGAACAAAACUUAUUCAGUUUUCUUAUGUAUAUGCAUUAUUCAUUUUGUAUUAACAUAUGUCGAUCAUAAUGAUAUUCAUCUUGGUUAUAAUUGUUUUGUAUAUUAUACACGAUUAUUGAUUUCGAUUUCGUGGGCUUUAUAAAAUAAAAACUCGACGUUCAUCAGUUCUCCACAUAUAAUAAAUAAUUGAAUGUACAGAUGAAUAGCGUUUUAAUUGCCAUGUGAAAGGAAUUUCUUUUUAUAUAACAAAACAAACAACAAAAAACUCUCAUGAUUUGAAUACGACUAGCAUUACUAGAAAAUAAUCAUCAUUUGAUUUUCGAGAAGAAAAAAAAACAACAGUUGCUUUCAUGUUCUGAUAACAAUCAUUGGUGCAGGCCAUAUAGGCAUACCAUUUUCUCUUCCACUUUCCCCACUCUAUUUCAUUUUUAUUUGCCAUAAUAAGCCAGUUUAAGGUUGCAGUCUGAGCAUGAGCAGAUUAUGGUCAUUUGUACCAAAAAGGUAAAACCCACAGAGAUGAAUACUGGUUAUGCGCUCAUAAAAGUUAUGUGAAUAUUAUUCAUUUAUGCACCAACGGUACUUUCUAAGAUACGCAGGUGGAAGUAUUCUUUUCAAGUGGGCAAACAAAAGGUAUUCACGAAAUACAUCUAGGACUUUGGCAGUUAUUAUUUUAAGAUGCUCAAAGUGGAAUUUCUCCAUGUGUAAAAGAUCUGUGGAUAUGUGCUAUCUAUAAACUCCCUUAUUAAGAUGAUUCUAGAACUUUAUGAUACCCAAUAGUUCAACUUAAUACAUAUCCAUACUUUGAGAAUAAGUUAUAGACAGUGAGUUCAAAUUCAUAUAUGUCGUUACGUUUUAUACCAUGUUUUAUACACCUGUCCAUUGCAUGUAGCCAUUGCAUUUAGCCAAUUGGAAUGAUUUGUUUAUACUUAUACUGACAAUUAUGAUGGACAGCAUAAAUGAAAGCGUUGGGUAUGAGGUUAAACAUAAAUAGGACAAAGGUGAUGAAGUUUAGACAGAAUCCCAGCUGCAUUCACAUCACGCUAUGGUGAAACCAGAAAGAAUGGAGUUUUUGUCAUGCCCCCCCCCCCAAAAAAAAAAAAAAUCUACUGUACAGCAGAGCACCAGAUGAAGAUACGGAAAAUAUAACUUGACACUGGAACCAAUUUUAAUUUCCAAUAACUUUAACUUGGUGUUUUCCAACGCAAUUCUAUCGUUCUAUAUCUUGUUGCAAUGAUUUUCAAUAAAUAAGCAUUUUGUCAUUCAAGUAGCAAAAUUCAAUAUCAAUUUCUUAUAAAAUAUCAUUUAAGUUUUUUUGUUGUUGUAAAUACCUAUAUUAUCAUCCGUAAAGCGCUUAUAUUUCGUUAUCAUAUGCGAUAACAUCAUAACGAAGGAUUGUCGUUAUAUUUUUUAAGGAUCUAAAAGAUUUAUCCUGAUUAGGUACUAUAAUGCCUUGUUCAUAUAUGCAGCUAAAAAAGUGGGUUUUUUUAAAAUAAAUGAAUCAUGUGUAAUCCGCCUAACAUUUUUAUAUCAUUAAUGCAACAUUAAACAUCAGUUACAGUUACACCACCAACCCGACGCCAAGACGAUUCAGAACUGACGGAUUCUUCGUCAAUGGUGAUUCGAAAUUUCUAGAUCAUCCUGUUUAAUAGUUCUGGUUGUUGUCACUGGGGUAUUAGAAUAUGAUCCUAUCUAUUUUCUAAUUAGGAGUAAUAAAUUGUAAAUAUAUGAUCAGAGACUCAGUCCAAGUCGUCGAGAAAUAUCGCCCUUCAUUCCAUGUGUUACAUUAUCAAGUGAUAAUUUAACCUAUUAUGAGAUGAACAUGGAAUUUUUGGGGUAAAUUAUGCCUACUCGGAAAUAUUACGACUUUACUUAUUUAACAUUAAAGAGGUACUAAACAAAAAAUUGCGUAGUGAAAAUGGUCUAUCCGGAAAAGACCCCCAAACAAAGUUUUCUACUCCUAUGGAUUAGAGGAUUCUGAAUUAAACCUAAUUAAUACAGAGAAUAAUGACAUUAAACAUACCAAUUAAACUCUAUCCCGAAUGGCAAAGCACAAUUUGGAAAUAAAGAGAUAGUAUUACCUAUCUAACUAUGCCCGUCUCCCAGUA